AUGGUUGCCUCGGACGAGCUGCUACCUCAGGCCGUUCUGCGCUCCAUAGGCGACAAGCUAUAUGAAAAGCGCAAGGUGGCCGCUCUGGAAGUCGAGCAGGUGGUCAAGCGUCUGGCAGCUGCUGGGGAGCACCACAGGGGCGCGCUGCUGUGCCUGGCGGCGGCCACGGUCGGCCUGGGGGAGCCCAGUGAGGGCUACCUCCGCCAGAUUGUACCGCCAGUGCUGGCCUCAUUCACAGACCAGGACAGCAGGGUGCGGUACUACGCGUGCGAGUCGCUGUACAACAUUGCCAAGGUGUCGAGGGAGGGCUUUGUGGUGUUCUUCAGUGAGGCAUUUGAUGCCAUGUUCAGGCUCUGCGCGGAUAGCGAGUCCAACGUCCAAAAUGCGGUGACGUUCCUCGACAACCUCGUCAAGGACAUCGUGACGGCGAGCCCUCAGUUCAGCGUUGACGCGUUCAUCCCAAAGCUGAGGGACUACAUGCGCGUCACAAACCCCUACAAGCGCCAGUUUCUCAUCAGCUGGGUGGCUGUGCUUGAGAGCGUGCCCGACCUUGACCUGCUGGCCUACCUGCCUGAGCUGCUGGAUGGCCUGCUCAACCUGCUGAGCGACCCCAACAGUCCGUCCUCGCUGGGUGGCAUCGAAGUGGAGAAGGCGGAGAUCCGCGUGUCGGCCCAGAAGGUUCUGAUGGAGUUUCUGGUGGAGAUCCAGGUCUCACGGACUGUGGACUGGGUGGCGCUGUCCGCCAUCCUGGUGGACAAGGCCGGCAGCCAGGCGGAGCACAUGCGCAUCACCUCCCGCCCGCCCUAG